CUGGCCAAUGGUCGGUUAAUAUGUUUCAGUAGCUGCCUCAACACACAAAUAUACUCAUUCUAUACACUUCUCUCUCCCUUUGUAUCGAAGUCUCUCUUUUCUUUAGUAAUCAAAAACUCUCAAAGCAGAAGCAAAAACUCUCGUCUUUCUGUGACAAAAGUACCAAGAAAAUUUUGAUCUUGUACCUUAUAUCUUUCUUUCUUUGUUCUUUUAGCGCUUCUUGAACCUUUAUGUGUCAAGAUUACCAAGAAAUCAUCUUUCUGUGCCAGGAGUACCAAGAAAUUAUUAAUCUUGCUAUAUAGCUGCCUUUCUUGAAUCUUUCUUUGCCAAGAAAAUUUUGAAUCUUUUCAAAAUGAGGAAACUUUGUCCAAAUUUUGAUCGAGAAGAUGGGCUGGACACUGUGCUUGAGGUUCCUAUUCCAGAAGAAAUGUUUGCUUCAAACAAGAGCGGGAAUAGGUCAUGGCAAAACUUGAAAGCUUGGAUGAGACCGAACGCUAAUAGUGAGAGGUCUAUGGCUAACCUAUUUGGUGGUAGAAAUACAGAGAUCCAGCUCUUGCUUGGUGUUGUUGGUGCUCCUCUGGUUCCUCUUCCUAUUUGUUGUGAUCACCAAUUCAAAAACCGUAAUUUCAUAGACCAACCUAUUGAGGCAUCAAUGGCAAAGUACAUAGUGCAGCAAUAUAUAGCAGCAGUGGGAGGGGAAAAGGCAUUGAAUUCUAUAGACAGCAUGUACGCAAUGGGAAAGGUAAAAAUGGGAGCAUCAGAGUUUUGUGCAGGAGAAGGGAGCUUGAAAGAUAGUAAGGUGGUGAAAAUGAAGAAUUUGAUGAAUGGAAGUGGUGGAGAGAUGGGAGGAUUUGUCCUUUGGCAAAAAAACCCUGAUUUAUGGUGCUUGGAACUAAUUGUUUCAGGAUGUAAGAUUAGCGCGGGUAGUGAUGGUAAGGUUGCUUGGAGGCAGACCCCAUGGCACCAUUCCCAUGCCUCUAGAGGCCCUCCUAGGCCGCUUAGGCGCUUCCUUCAGGGUCUUGAUCCAAAAACAACAGCCAACUUAUUUUCCAACUCCAUAUGCGUCGGCGAGAAGACGAUUGGCGACGAGGAUUGCUUCAUACUAAAACUUGAAGCUGAACCUUCAUUAUUAAGAGCAAGAAGCUCAAGCAAUGUGGAAAUAAUUAGACACACAGUUUGGGGUUACUUCAGCCAAAGAACAGGCUUAUUGGUCCAGUUAGAAGACUCUCACCUUCUAAGAAUCAAAGCCUCAAGAAAUGAAAGCAUUUUUUGGGAAACAACAAUGGAAUCCAAAAUUCAAGAUUAUAAAACCAUUGAUGGUAUGAUUAACAUAGCACAUGGAGGUAGAACAUCAGUAACGUUGUUCAGGUUUGGUGAGAACUCAGAAAGUCAUUCAAGAACAAGAAUGGAAGAGAUUUGGAAUAUAGAAGAAGUGGAUUUUAAUAUAAAAGGGUUGUCUAUGGAUUGCUUUUUGCCUCCUAGUGAUUUGAAAAAAGAAGCUGAAGAUGGAGGAUAUGGAGUUGUUUCUAGUAACGCAAAAUUCCCAUUAAAGAUGAGAUCAGCUUCUACUAGAAUUAGUGCAUCUAAGGUAGUUGCUCUUGAUGUUGAUGAUUCUGAUACAAGUAGUGAAGAUGAUGAUGAUGAUCAAGAUUGAAA